UGGGUAAAGCGAUGGCUUCCCGCAACCAAAAGCGACCCAGCAUUAGCAAUUGGUUUUCCUCAUUGCGUCGGCAGCCUAAGACCAAUAAAGAAAUCCUAAAAUGGCAGAGCAGCAAAUCCUUGGAAAGUAAACAGCAAAUGCAGCAUAGUUGCUUUGAUCUAUCUUUAACGGGAGCUGGAGUUAUAGACGAUAUUCCAUUCUUUGGACUGAAUGAAACAAGUGGAAGCACUAUCAACAGUGCUUGUGUCCGCUGCUUUUGCAAUAUGUUAGCAGUUGAGUCACUUGCUGGGACACCGUCCACACCUGCAACACAAAAAACAUUUUUAAAGCCUCAGGCAAAAUCACGAUGCUCUUUGCUAAAGCCAUGCACAAGUGAGCUCACCCAUAAAAUUACAUCCCUCAGUCCAGAAAGUCCCCCACCUGUAAGUCCAACACUUAGUACUAAAACUGAGAGUGAUAUGAUUCAUAAGAGGGAGCUUCUUCGAAUUGCUGGUGGAAAAUUUGGAACAAAAACUUAUAAUAAAUGUGACCAGGUCACCCACAUAACUAGGACCACUACUACGCGAACAUUGAUUUUUUCCCGGCCUAUUGAAAUCCUCUUUAAUGAAAAGGGAGAAAUAAUUUCAAAAAGAUCACCAAGUAAACAAAGUUCGAACUCGCUCGGGUUCAUGUUAGAUGAUGAUGGAAACUUAAGCGCUAAUCUUAGCUCCCCGUUGAAAUUGAACACGGGAGAAUUUCGCUUUAUUGAUGAUGUCUCAACUCCCCAAAAUGAUACCGAGCAUGACCUUAGCAACAUCAAUAAUAAUACUAGCAUUAGAAAACGGAGCAAAAAUAUUAGCAACCGCAUUGACGAAAAGUCAAAUCUCUGUGAGAGUUGUCGGAAUCUCAAGCAAAUCAAAGAUGAGUUAUGUGAGGUUGUCACGGAGAUGGAGACACUCGAUGUCCCUGAAGAUUGCAAACACUCAAACAAGGAUAAGCAAAUGUCAAUUGGUCGGAAAAAGUUCAACAUGGAUCCCAAGAAAGGCAUUGAAUAUCUUGUAGAAAAUAGAUUGUUACGCCACGAUCCUCAAGAUGUAGCACAUUUCCUUUAUAAGGGCGAAGGUCUAAAUAAAACUGCCAUUGGUGACUACCUUGGCGAAAAAAAUGAUUUUAAUGAGGAUGUUCUAAAAGCCUUUGUGGCACUUCACGAUUUUACCAAUCUAAUUUUAGUUCAAGCUUUAAGACAGUUUUUAUGGUCGUUUCGACUGCCGGGCGAAGCGCAAAAAAUAGAUCGUAUGAUGGAAUGCUUCGCUCAGCGGUACUGCCAAUUGAAUCUCGAUAUCUUCACAAACACGGAUACCUGCUACGUUCUCAGUUUUGCCAUUAUAAUGCUCAAUACUUCUUUGCACAACCCAUCUGUUAAAGACAAGCCCACAGUUGAGCAGUUUAUUUCAAUGAAUCGUGGUAUUAACAAUGGUGGAGAUUUGCCUAGAGGACUUUUGGAAUCUCUUUACGAAUCCAUACGGACAGAGCCGUUUAAAAUACCCCAGGACGACGGCAACGAUCUGAUGCACACCUUCUUUAACCCAGACAAAGAGGGAUGGCUGUGGAAACAAGGUGGAAGGUACAAAUCUUGGAAACGUCGCUGGUUCAUACUAAACGAUAAUUGUCUGUAUUAUUUUGAGUAUACUACGGAUAAAGAGCCACGUGGUAUUAUUCCAUUAGAAAACAUAUCCGUUCGUGAAAUACACGAUCGCAGCAAACCCCAUUGUUUUGAACUUUUUGCAACUGGUGGUGCUGAUAUAAUUAAAGCAUGUAAGACUGACUCUGAGGGCAAAGUGGUUGAAGGUAAACAUACGGUUUACCGCAUGUCCGCUGCAACCGAGGAGGAUCAACAAGAAUGGAUUAAGAGGCUCACCCAAUCUAUAAGCCAUAAUCCAUUCUAUGAUAUCCUUGUACAAAGAAAAAAAAAAGCCCUCAGCAAGAGUUAGUAUAAGCCUUGACUUGAUGUUUUUCUCGUGGAUCUCAAUGGAACACUGUACGACUUGUCGGAGUUUUUCAUUAUUGGGUAUUCAUACAUUUAUCUUAUUUGUGUGAUCAGAUUUUUUAUACACGGUUUAUCCUACAUCGAGAAUUGGCAAAAUGAGAAUAAUAAUAAUUUUUGUCACAAUAGCUUCAUUGUUGUGUUCAUCUUGUGAUGCAAGAAAAGGACAAAAGGAACACGUUUAGGAUAAAAUGGAUCAUAAUAUAUUGCAUGUCGAAUUCAGCAUGCACACAGCUGGCAACUCUGGAGUGAAUUGCCGAAGAAAAGUGAUCGCGAAUACUUUGGUUGCCAAGUUUUGUUCUAUAUACUUUGCAAUCUUUUUUUAUUAGUUCAGUGUAACCAUAUAUCCUUAUUUGAUUAAUAUCAGCUCUGAUGCAUUUUAAAACAAAAACUUUUUACAUUUGUGAUAUAAUUUAUUUAGCUUAAGCAUUACAAAAUUUACGCAAUAAAAAAAUGCAGACGUAA